AUGGAUGAGCAAAAUCAGUUAUUAUCAUUUUCCAAUCCGGUUUUCAAUGCUUACGCAUUUUAUGCUGUUAUCAUCGUCCUAAAGGUCCUGACAAUGGCAGUUAAUACAGGCCGUCUCAGGCAAAAGAAUACCGCCUUCUCAAAUCCAGAAGAUGCCAUCUUAUUUGGUAUAGAACCAUCCAAAAAAAAUGUCAACGUCAAACAUCCAGAUGUAGAACGCUUUGUGAGGGCCCAUAGAAAUGAUUUAGAAAACAUCAUUUCUUUCCUAUUUGUUGGAUUUUUAUAUGUUUUAACGGAUCCACCGUAUGAUAUAAGUAUAUACUGCUUCCGAAUAUUUACUUUAGCUCGUAUUAUUCAUUCAGUAUCGAGCGUGAAAGUAAAUACAUUACUAAGAUAUGCAGCAGCAAUUCCCGGCAUGGAAUAG